AUGGAAAAGGCCUCUAAGUUUUUAUCCCAGAUUCACCGUGUGUUGCAGUUGCAUGAAGCUACUGCGUUAGAUGAAUUUAGAGUUCGUCUGGACUUUAAUAUAAGUCCCAUGAUGGUUAAUGCUUGGAUCUAUUAUGCUUUUGCCAAGAGGGUUCAGAGACUUGAACUGAACUUUGCUAAGUUUCUUGAGUAUAAGCAGGGACUACCUUUGCGCUCCUCUGCCUGUGAAGAUUGGUUCUCAGCCAUGAGUAAAGGAUCUGUAGAAUUGCUCAAAACCAUCUUGAUUUGUGGGUUGACUUCAGCUCCUUGA